AUGGAGCGGGCGAGGGCCGCCGCUGCUGGCGCCGGUGGCUUGGCACAACUGGGCAGCCUGUGGUACGGCCAGCGCUGUACUUGCCAGGUGGAGCUGGGAGACGGGUUCGCUGUGGACCGUGAGCUGCUGCGUUUGCUCGAGGGGCAGCUGCAGAGGUGCGGGCCCGCGAACCUCACGUUGCCGGCGCCGUGCCCGCCGCCCGAGUGCUCGGGCUUUCUUGGGCUGGUGGUCUUCUUGGUGGCGGUGCUGGCUUUCCUGGCGAUGUUAGAUCAGCUUCGCCAGGGCCAGCGAGUGCUCGUCUCCUACGACGAGGACCCGCGUGAGCUGUUGUGGCAUGUGCGCCUUCUGUGCGCGCACGUGCACGAGGGAUCCUGGGUGGUGACCACCCCCGAGAGAGACAUGUACCUCGAGGACCUCCAGGAGGGCGUCGAGAGCCUGGUGUUGCUGGGGCCGAUGGGAGGCCUGCCAAUCGGCUGGAACCGUGGGCCCACGCACCUGUUCAGGAACUCGUCCCAGGGUCCGCUGCACCGUGUGGAGAGCCUGCGGCUCCAAGCGGAGGGCGCGGAGCUGGCCUUGCAGGAGAGGCGCGACCUGGGCCUGGCCGCUUCUCCACCGCUGCCGCCGCCCACUGGCGCGCCCCCGCCGCUGGCUCUGGAGGGCGCGCCGAGCGCGGGCGAGGGAGGACGGCGGUACUCGGAGAACCGUGGAGGCGCUAGGCUGGGCGAGCGUGUCGGCGACGCGGAGCUGGAGGCAGGCUGCCAGCGAGGGGAUCGUGGAGUGGCCCUCGUGGGCGACGUCUUCGCGUCCUGCGCUUUCUUCAGGCCGGGCCAGCAGAUGCCUACGCCUAGGGAGGGGGGGGCGGCUGAGCCUGCGCCCAACGAGCUGCGCACCCUCCCCGUGAAGUACGAGACUGCCAGCCAGAGGCGCCGCUCCUACAAGGAGGCGGCGUCGCUGACCACGACGACGGCCUUCGAGGACUGGCCGAUCAGCGGCCCUAGGACGGCGGAGUGGCUGGCACGUGAGAUCGCUCGACAGGAGCUCACUCCCGUGCGCCGCCACUUCUGGUGGAGACAGCUGCUAGGCUUGGGCCCCAGUGACUGGGGCGACGGCAUCUCGACGCUCAACGUGCUGGGCGGCCGCGGCGAGGAGUGGGGCCCCAAAGUGCUGCCUGGUGCUAUCCAGCGCCACGCUGUGGCCAGCUUGGCCCUGGCCUACUUUGCCGUGCCGCCGCCGCCCGACGACCUCACCGCCUCGGGAGCGUGGUCUGCGCUUCGGGGCUGCGGUUCCGGCUACGCCGUCGCAGGUGUUGUCGCCGGAGAGUUCGCGACCUACCAGCGCGGCAGGCUUGCCCUGCCAGCGGUCGGUCACCAGGCGAUCGACCUCGUCAGUUGCCUGCCCGACCACUACCAGAAGUUGCUGGAGGAUAGUGGCCGCGCUAUUCGGCUACCAGCAGUGUGUACAAAGGACGUGGCGGCAGAGGUGGACGAGUUGGGCCCUGCGAUGGACCCCACCCUGGCUAGGUCGCCCAGCAAGUACGCCAAGUUUUUGAUGUCUGCAUUCGAAUUGGGUGUCGUCGAGCCGGCGACUGAGGUUCGCAGUUUUGUGGGAGUCUUCUUUGUGCGUAAGAAGGACGGCUCGUUGCGGAUCAUCUUCGACCCUCGGAAGACGAACUCGCAGUUUGUACCUCCAGAUAGUGUUGCUCUGGCGUCUCCGGAGGCCCUGGGUGAUCUGGAGUUGCCUGCAGGACAGCGGCUGUGGGUCAGUGAGGGCGAUGUCGAGAACUGCUACUACCAGUUCCUGCUGCCUGACGACCUGAGGGCCGACUUCGUGUUGCCUGCGGUGCCUCGGAAGCUGCUGCCGCGGAGUCUGCGCCGCCUGUUUCCGCCCGGGCACGACUUCGUUCACUCUCAGGUGCGCGUGGUGCCGAUGGGCUGGAGCUGGGCCGUGGCGCUGCUGGUCCGCAAGGGGCCCGGCUGGAUCUGCAAUCGCCGCUGCGCGCCGGCUGUCGCCGGUCGUGAGCCCGCUGCUCUCCUGUACAUCGACAACUUCGCCUCGCUGGGGACCGUAAAGGAGACAGUCCAGCUCGACGGUGACUCGAUGGAGAGGCAGCUGAGGGGCCGUGGUCUGACUACUCACGACAUCUCGGGGCCGCAAGUUGACGCGGACCUGCUCGGGUUCCACAUCGACGGGGUGAAGGGGGCGAUUGACCUCGCGCCCAAGCGGUUCUGGAGGCUGGUCAUGAGUCUAGACUACAUCCUGAAGCACCCCCUCCUGACGGGAGCCGAGCUAGAGCGGCUGAUCGGGCAUUUGACGUACGUGCUGCUGCUACGACGCGAGGUGCUCAGCUUGCUCAGUGCGUCCUACGUCUUUGUCGGCAAGUGCUACUCUCGGCGCGUGCGGCUCUGGCCUUCGGUGCGCCGAGAACUGGCCUGGGCGCGAGCGCUGCUGCCGCUGGUGUGGGCGGAUUUGCGCGGCGCAUGGGCCCCCAGCGUGAUGGCCGUGGACGCCUCGAUGACUGGCUUGGGCGCGGUGGAGCGCUCCGCGGACCCACGCGGCGUCGGGCGCAUCGGCCGAGUUAGAGAACGCUGGAGGUUCAAGGAGCGCGAGCUGGUGGCCGAAGGCUCGCGUGCACGCGCCCUGCGUGAGGGGGCCGUCGGCGACUCCCCGUUCCCCGACGCGCCGUCGGACUUCUGCAAGGCCACCUCGUGGAAGACCGUAGCCUCGAGACGGUGGCGCCAUCGUGCCCCCAUCCACCUUCUGGAGGGCGAGGCGUUGCUGUGGGCCAUGCGGCGGCAGGUGCGGCGA